CGGCCUCGGCUCCCUGCCUGCCCGGCCUGCCCGGGGUGCGCAGGGUUAGCAUGGAGUGAGCCCGCCCCGCCCGGGGUUGCGCGGCCCUGGGGGGUCCUCUCGCGGCGGCUCCUGCGACCUGCUGGCGCCCCGGGCAGAGCCCGGCCCCAUCCCAGGAGUCGCCCGGACUGGAAGGGAGUGCGAGCACUGGGACACAGCCUCCGAGCUCGAGCGUGACGGGAAGUUGGGGCAAUUUGUUAGUUAUCCGCCGCCACCAAGACGCGGCACGGCGCCUGGACCGGAGGGGCCCCGCGCGGGCGCGAACUUUGGGCUCGGGCGAGUGGGUGGUGCUCCGCCCAGCCCGAGACGGGCGGGCGCGCGGGCCAAUGGGUGCCGCCUCUUGGCCGCGGGGGGCCCCGACCCGUGGGUCCCGGCCACCAGCGCCCCAGCCCCGAGGCUCAGAAGCGGCAGGCGGAGGCGCGGUCCGGGCGCUAUGGCCACGCCCGGCGGGUCUCACGAGGCUGCCCCGCGCCCGGCGCGCCUUCGGUAGGGGACGCCCGGGGCCCAGCUGGCCCGGCCAUGCUGCUGGAGACACAGGACGCGCUGUACGUGGCGCUGGAGCUGGUCAUCGCCGCGCUUUCGGUGGCGGGCAAUGUGCUGGUGUGCGCCGCGGUGGGCACGGCGAACACUCUGCAGACGCCCACCAACUACUUCCUGGUAUCCCUGGCUGCGGCCGACGUGGCCGUGGGGCUCUUCGCCAUCCCCUUUGCCAUCACCAUCAGCCUGGGCUUCUGCACUGACUUCUACGGCUGCCUCUUCCUCGCCUGCUUCGUGCUGGUGCUCACGCAGAGCUCCAUCUUCAGCCUUCUGGCCGUGGCAGUCGACAGAUACCUGGCCAUCUGUGUCCCGCUCAGGUAUAAAAGUUUGGUCACGGGGACCCGAGCAAGAGGGGUCAUUGCUGUCCUCUGGGUCCUUGCCUUUGGCAUCGGAUUGACUCCAUUCCUGGGGUGGAACAGUAAAGACAGUGCCACCAACAACUGCACAGAACCCUGGGAUGGAACCACGAAUGAAAGCUGCUGCCUUGUGAAGUGUCUCUUUGAGAAUGUGGUCCCCAUGAGCUACAUGGUAUAUUUCAAUUUCUUUGGGUGUGUUCUGCCCCCACUGCUUAUAAUGCUGGUCAUCUACAUCAAGAUCUUCAUGGUGGCCUGCAGGCAGCUUCAGCGCACUGAGCUGAUGGACCACUCGAGGACCACCCUCCAGCGGGAGAUCCAUGCAGCCAAGUCACUGGCCAUGAUUGUGGGGAUUUUUGCCCUGUGCUGGCUACCUGUGCAUGCUGUUAACUGUGUCACUCUUUUCCAGCCAGCUCAGGGUAAAAAUAAGCCCAAGUGGGCAAUGAAUAUGGCCAUUCUUCUGUCACAUGCCAAUUCAGUUGUCAAUCCCAUUGUCUACGCUUACCGGAACCGAGACUUCCGCUACACUUUUCACAAAAUUAUCUCUAGGUAUCUUCUCUGCCAAGCAGAUGUCAAGAGUGGGAAUGGUCAGGCUGGGGUACAGCCUGCUCUCGGUGUGGGCCUAUGAUCUAGGCUCUCGCCUCUUCCAGGAGAAGAUACAAAUCCACAAGAAACAAAGAGGACACGGCUGGCUGAUUCUCAUUGUGAAAGAUAGCUAUACCUCACAAGGAAAUGGACUGCCUCUCUUGAGCACUUCCCUGGAGCUACCACGUAUCUAGCUAAUAUGUAUGUGUCAGUAGUAGGCUCCAAGGAUUGACAAAUAUAUUUAUGAUCUAUUCAGCUGCUUUUACUGUGUGGAUGAUGCCAACAGCUUGAAUGGAUUCUAACAGACUCUUUUGUUUUUAAAAGUCUGCCUUGUUUAUGGUGGAAAAUUACUGAAACUAUUUUACUGUGAAACACUGUGAACUAUUAUAAUGCAAAUACUUUUUAACUUAGAGGCAAUGGAAAAAUAAAAGUUGACUGUACUAAAAAUGUA